AGCAAGGGGGGCGAGCGAGAGAGAGAGAGAGAGCAAGCGUCAGCACUCCAUGCGUUAAAAAGGGCAGAUGGUAACGGCGGGGAACAGGGGAGCAAAGCCCUCCUCUGGACGCGCAGCCAAAGAUCAGGGCGGCCACUCAACGCAUGCGGCCGGAACGCGGCGCAGUUAAGCUGGCCGGCAGAACACAUCGGCGGCGGCGACGGCACGCUGACAGUGCUGCCCAUGCUUCCUCUUCUUCUUCUUCUUCUUCUUCUCUGAGCCCACGCUGACAGGACACAGCAGAGCAGCAGCGCAGGAAAAAAAGUGUGCAAGGAGGAAGAGAAGGAGCCGCGAUUGCAGCGGGCAUACCGGGGGCAACAUUUGGGAGAAAGCCCCGAGCCAAAAGCCAAGCGGAAGAAAAGAAGGAGGCGCAUUUAGGACCUGCGAAAUAUUUCAAGGAGAAACUUGAGAAUUCAUCAGCCCGAGCGGCAGGCAGCGCGAGCGGACUCAACUCUGCGCGUUGCGCUCUCAGCGCCAGUCCGGGGAAAAAAAAAAAAGUCGUCGAGGAGCUUCCAAUGGCGUGCUACUACAUCGUGAUCAGCUCCACCCACCUGCGUGACGGACAGCUCAGGAGCAUCAAAGGGGUGUUCCGAGGACCAAUCGGAGCCGGCGGACGCAAAAACAACCAAACGGAUGAGGGCGCCUCCAGCAACCUGUACUGCGAGCUGUGCGACAAACAAUAUGUGCGCCAGCAGCAGUUUGACAACCACAACAACUCCUACGACCAUCACCACAAGCAGCGUCUGAAGGAGCUGAAGCAGCGCGAGUUCCACCGGGCGGCGGCCUGCCGGAGGCAAAGGGAAGAGCGGCGGGAUGAGCGGCUGCUGCGCAAGAGGCUGCGGCAUCGCUCGCGGGGCGAGGACAAAGCCGACCGGCGCCGCGCCUCGGGUUCGGGCCCCAUGUUCCGCUCCACCACCGUGGCGGUGGAGCCGGCGAGCGCCACGGAGAAGGACGGCAGCCACGGCGUGGGCGCUCCGGGGCCAGAUCCUCAGAGUCUCAACGACCCGUCCCAACGACGCAACGCAAACAACGUCACGCCGGGCGACGUCACCCCCGAAAACGGCGCCUUUCGCAAGAUCCCUUGGGCGACCGCUUUCUUCAGCGACGCCAUACGAGCCAACGACACCGACGACGACCAGCCAGCUAACGGUGAAAACAAAGCCUUUGCCGCCAACAGGGGGCGCCCCGUUUGCUUCUCGCUGCCCAAGAGGAGCUGCGUUCUCCUGCACCGGGCGGCCGCCGUCUUUAUCCAAGCCGGGCGGAGCUCGCGGGACAGCGAAAGCGCAACGCCGGAUGGGAAGCAGAUCUCCUCGGCGCCGUGCGUCCGCGCUCGGACCCGAGAAUUGGAUGACAAGCUGAAAGGCCUCCUGUCUUUAUGCGAGCGGCGGCGUGGGACCGGAGACCAAGUGGACGCCGGAGGCGGGACGGCAGCCCAAGAUGGAAGCGGGAGUCGGCUCGGAGACAAAGUGAGCGGAAAUCAAGACCUCGAAGUGAUCGACGGCCGGCUUACCGCAGCUCAAAGCGCCACGGGAGACCAAAGCAAGGAAGGGGGUAGGACGACAGCCCAGGACGGUCGUCAAACUCCAACCGGCCAGUCAAGCGGGGGAAGUGGGACUUGGGCUGAAGACCAAAGUAGAACUGAUGGCGAGUGUGGGCCAGGAGCUCGUAUCAGAGCCUCGAGCUGUGCUCAGGCCGCAACCGAAACUGAAGUCACCCCAGGUGGUGAUGGAAGCGAGACCGGAGUCCGACUUGUGGGUCCGAGCGCCACGGGACCUCGAAUCAGUCGAGGGACUGCGAGCGCUGCCCACUUGACCGGCGACCGGGACCUCGGCGGAACGGGAGCCGCACCGUUUCAUGGGGUCAGCGCAAGAGUCAUCCAAGAGGGCGGCGCCAUCGGGACCGGAGCCGGUCUCGAGAACGGAACUUGGCAGAGUGGGGCAGCGCUUGAACUCAUGCCAAGGUGCGCCGCGCGAGAUCAAGAUGGAGCCGGAGUCGCCGUCGGAAGUGCGACCGGAGCUGAAGGUUGCCGGCAAAAUGAGACAGGAACCCAGAAGGGAGGCGCACGCCGGCCCGGAACCGGUGCCGAGAACGGAACUGAAAGUCUAAGAAGUGGGACCGGGAGCCGACCGAGCGCCGCCGGUCAUCGCGCGCCCAGUGAGGAUCCGCCGCCACCGCUGCCUUUCAAGUGUCAAAGUCCCGCCUUUGAAACCUCCGACAAAGCGGACUUGGCCCAACUGCGACAUUUUUCCGCAUUGCUCCAAAAAGCAAAAUGCGAGAAACCAGCCCGAGACUCGAGUCCGACACGAACCCCGACGUGGCCCGCGGGUCGGCCCUCGCGACCCUUUUGUCCCGUCCUGAGCCGCGACGGCACCCGCGUCCUGCCAUGGCCCUCGGAGAUGCUCCGCCGCACCCGGACGUCGCCCUCGCUUUCCUACAGCGUCAACCCGCUGCUAUACGACUUCCGAGCGCACGCGCGCGGCCGCGGGCGAGCGCCCGCCGGGAUAAAGUCGGCGGUGAUCAAACGAGUCGUCCGCCAACGCGAGCGGGAACGCGGCGGGGCCGAGUCGGAUGAAAGCCGGGAUGAGAAUCGAGGAGGACAGCCGUGCUAG